GAAACUGUCUUUUGGAGCCGCUCACCCACUUCGGCGUGCCAAACCCGCCCCCUAACGCCCGAGCCUGUUCUACCUCGAUUGACAGACCCGUCUACGUCAAGAUGGCAUCACAACUUUUACCUCUAGAGCUCAUCGACAAGUGUGUCGGCUCGAGGAUAUGGGUCAUCAUGAAAGGCGACAAGGAGUUCAGCGGGACGUUGCUUGGCUUCGACGACUACGUCAACAUGGUUCUGGAAGACGUGACGGAGUUUGACUACUCCGGAAACCACACCAAACUUUCUAAGAUAUUGCUGAACGGAAACAACAUAUGCAUGUUGAUACCAGGAGGAGAAGGCCCAGUGGCUACCUGAUCAGAGCUGAUCUGGAUCGGGAAUCUGAUUGCCGAUGUGGAGGACCAACUUCUGGUAUUGGUACGAGGUGGCCAACAGGAAACCGUGGAAGAUUACAGUGGACGCAGGAGCUCAGUCAGACCUUACAAAUGGUUUGGGAUUGCAAAUCGUGGGGAAAGAAAUUAUCCUCCAAGACAGCCUCCA